AUGGAUAAUUGGAAACAAUUCAUUAGUUCUGUAGAGUCAAUUUCAUUGGAUGAGUCGAAAGUAAAGUUGAACGAUGUCAUCAAGCAACUCGAUAUACCAGAGACUUACCAAGAGGUCAUCUCAAGUGCUGCUUUCUUAUUGUUAGAAGCAUAUAAGAACAAUAAGAGUGCCCCGAGAGAGGAAGCAAUUAAAACAUUGACUGAAAUCGAAAAAUCAUCACCACCAGAACUUAGAGUUGAAGUUGGAUACAGUAUUGGUCUUAUUUUGUUUGGAUAUUCACAACUCUUCACUGAUCAAGUUCAAAUUGGACUUUUAUUGAAUGCAUCGGAAUUCUUUCAAAAGACAGUCUCUAUCAACCCACAACACAUGGGAACAUUGACUGCUUUGAAAGAAACCUAUUUGAUUUUGUCAAAUAUUACAAGUGAUAAUCAAAAGAUGUUUUAUUCUACCAAGAGCAGAGAGUUUAAUAAAUAUAUUGAAGCAGUUACCAAAGGUGAGGAUUUCAAGGUGGCACCAUCCACCUAUAUCAAGAUUGAAACUGCCAAGACCCUCAAGGAAAAGGCUACCGAAUUUUUCAAGGUUGGAAACAUCAAGGAUGCAUUGGUCAACUAUCACUAUGCCAAAAACUAUAUCACAGGUUUGAUGGACUUGAACACUGAAAAAGAAAAAGAAAUCAAAGCCAUGAGAAUCAUUUUGCUUAAUAAUAUUGCUGUUUGUUUGAUGAAACAAAAUAAAUUUGAAAAUGCCAUUAGAUCUUUAGAUGAAGUGUUGGUGGAGGAACCAAAGAAUGUAAAGGCUUUGUUCCGUCGUGGAAAAUCACACUCUGCACUCAAGAACUUUACACAGGCAGAGAACGAUCUCCAAGCAGCCAACGCCAUCACACCGGGUGACAAAGAAAUCGUAGCAGAGAUUGCACUCUUGAAACAAAGAGCAAAGUCUCAAAACCAAAGAGAAGGAAAAGCAUUUGCAAAGGUCUUUGAUGAUUAA